AGGUUUGCUCUGAUAGAGCGAACGAGAACUGUAAGUCUAUGCUUUGGCCCUUUCGGUUAUUCUGGCCAUAACGGAAGUCGGUCGACCCGAGCGCCAUUCAACCAAACGAAUGAACUGGACUGAACUAUACACGUGCGCAAUACAUACUUUGAAUGACAACAUAACGAUAACGAGUGGUUUUAUAUUAUAAUAAUAUAUUAUAAUCUGUAAAACUAGAUUGAAGUAGAGAGAAGGAAUAAUUCAAUUCUCUGCACGUUGUAAAUAUGGGGAAAUUAAGGAAACUGAAAGUCAGCAAAGUUAAAAGGAAUAAUCAUGUAAAGACCAAGCUAUCAAAACAAGGAAAACUAAAAAGUAAACGUCACACAUCAAAGAAACAAUCUCAGAAACCACCACCACCACGUCAGGAAACAGUCGAGGAAGAAGAGAGCGAUCAUGGAGAGGACUUAAUGGAUAUGGUUGAAAAAGAUGAUCUAAUUUUUUUGCAAGAAGCAAUAUCAAACAAAUCUUAUAAUCUACUAAAACAAAUUCAUUUAAAUGAACCUGAUAAGGAACAAAAUGGUAGAAAAAGGAAAAAAAUAGAAAAUAGCCGACCAAUAGAGGAAUUAUUUGAGAACAACUUUUCUAAAAUCAUGAAAGACAAUGCUGGGAAGUCAAUUCGCAUGUUACUUCCUAUAAAAACAAAGAAUGGCCUUAUACAGAAACAUAUUAUUGAGGAAGUAAAUGAUAUUUCGAAUAAAGAUAAUGAGAUUGUGAAUAAUAAUAAUGAGGAGGAAGAAAGCAAGAAGACUGAUAAAGAAAAUAAUAGUGACAUGGAAAUGGAAAUAAAUGCACAUAAUACUCUAGAAAAAGCUGAUAAACCAGUAUCCACUAUUGAGCUCUUGGCAUGUCGUGAGGAGGUUUUGAAAUCUAAACGUUUCAAGAUAGGUAUACUCUCAAGUGGCAUUUUGGAAAAUCCAGAACUUAAUAUCAGCAAUUUUAAGAUGCUGCUGGAUUUUAUGGAUGAGAGAAAUCCAGAAAUUUAUAUCACUGUGAGAAAACUGGCGAUGGUAUCUCUUUUGGAAAUAUUUAAGGAUCUGCUGCCAUCAUAUAAUAUUCUACAAAUUUCUCAAGAAGGAGUAAAAUUAAAAAAGGAGACUCUGGCUCUACAGAAUUAUGAGACAAUAUUGUUAAGAAGUUACAAGAGCUAUCUGCAGAGACUCGAAAAGAUGUCGAAGAUUUUGAGAAGAAAGAGAGGCGACGCGCGACCAGUGAACGAACGAGAAGCAAAACUGGGAGAAACAGCUGUAUCCUGCAUGUGCGAGCUUCUGAUUGUUCAUCCGUAUUUUAAUUUCUCUGUCAAUAUAGCGAAUUACAUCCUGCCUUUUCUGGAUAACAAACGUAGCAGUGUGAGGGGGAGAAUAAUGCAGUGCAUCUCACAAAUAUUCAAAGAGGAUAAACGAGGCGAACUGUCUCUCACAAUAGUCCGAAAAUUAAAUCAAUAUAUCAAGGCGAAGAAACACUCGGUCUAUCCCGAAGUUAUAACGGUGUUAUUAUCUCUUCGCAUAAAAGACGUGAAUCUAGACAAGGAAAAGGAAGAGGAAACGAAGCAAAAGAAGCUCAUGUCUCACAAACAGAGGAUCCUCGCAUUAAGCAGGCGAGAAAGGAAGAAAAACAAGAAACUGGAGCAAGUGGAGAAAGAGUUACUCGAAACGAAAGCCGAAGAGAAUAAGCAAGCGAAACAGAAGAUGCUGACAGAAAUAACGAGCAUAAUAUUCACUAUAUAUUUCAGGAUUUUAAAACAAGUUCCCAAUAGCAAAGUAUUGUCCGCAUGUUUAGAAGGAUUAGCCAAAUUCGCGCACUGCAUCAAUAUAGAUUUCUAUCAGGAUUUAGUGGGUGCUAUAGAUAGAUUAAUAGAAGAAGGUAACCUGGGAUUGAGGGAACAACUACAUUGUGUUCAAUGUAUAUUUACAAUCUUAUCUGGUCAAGGUACAGCUCUGAACAUCGACCCGUAUAGAUUUUACGCGCAUCUGUAUAAAAAUUUAUUGAACGUCCACUGCGGGAAAACGCAUGCGGAAAGUGAAAUUAUACAGAAGACAUUGAUACAAGUUCUCAUUCAUCAGAGAAAAAAGAUAACGCAGGCUCGUGCGGUAGCCUUUGUGAAGAGAAUAAGCACGUGGGCUCUGCAGUCGCAACACAACGUUACGCUGGGAAUACUCGGCAUCGUGAAACAAGUUAUGCAGCUUGGGAAAGCGGCUCACGGUCUACUGGAUACCGAUUGCACCGGAAACGGUCAUUAUCAGUCCGAAAUCUUAGAACCUGACUAUUGUAAUGCGUAUUGCACCGCACUGUGGGAAAUUGUUGCGUUACAGCGUCACUAUCACAGUGUGGUACAACAACUCGCAAAGAAUAUAGCAUACGCGGUACCUACGAGUGGUGAGGGUAGUAUGUCUACCGAAAUUGCGAAACUGACACCGGACGAACUUUACACGGAAUACGACCCUGCGGGUGUAGCGUUUAAACCUAGUGUACCUAUUCCCAGGAAUAUUAAAAAAACAUCGAUAAAUAAUAAUUAUGUUAGCAAUAACUUAGAACAAUAUCUCAAUGCUGUUGAUAUUAACGACUUGUUUGCAGGCGAACAUGUAGACUUUUACGAAGCUUUUAAAAGUAAUUCGUAAAAUGUUAUAAAAAAUGGAAUA